AUGGCUCGCAAUUUCCGAUCAAUGCGCAACUUGGCUUUGCUAGCCCUGCUCGCCGCGACUACUCCAGCAGUCCUCGCCCAGACCGACCUUCCCGAUCUCUCGACAGCAACGCAGGCUACCGCCCUCUCCUCCUCCAAGACCGAUGCGACGACAAGCGAGACCACCGGCACGAGCGCAACGAGUAACACUGCACAAACAACUUCAACCGGGCAGACAACAAGCGCCACCGGUACAUCCACGACCGGCACCAGUUCUGGCUCCAUCACAGCCUCCUUUACCGGUCUGACCGGCCUGCCUACGAUCGCAGGUGCGGGUAUCCCCGACAUGGUCAUUCCCUAUACCGCCAAUGCGCCCUUCAUGCAAAAGUCCACUCUCCCUGACGGCACCGUCUUCAUUGCCGUUGGCGCAGUACUCGCGUUUCUUGGUGCAUGCGUACUCCUAUGGCGCGGUCUAGUAGCAUGGAGCAUCAAACGCUCAGUGAAGCGAUCUGCCCGUGCCGCUAUGCGCGGGUCAGAAAAGACAUCGACCACUUGGGGUGGUAGCAAUAAUGGGGGUGGUGGUGGAAAGGGAGGUGCAUAUUUCAGCCAAUACGAGGCGGGCAGCAACAUGUCUUUGGAUGCUCUCACGAGUGCAGGCAAGCCCGUACACCGCUCCUCUCACGUCCCCGACGAGCACCGCAAGUCUUCCGCGCCGCACGCCGACCUGUUCUUCUCGCCCACUGCUCAAGCGGCGUCGAACCGCCUCAGUUCCGCCCUGGGGAGUCACGGCGAUCGCAACUCUACCUACCUCCCCGCGGGCUAUUAUGCCUCGCCCUCAGCCGAGCACGCUGGUGCGAAUCCGCGCCUUUCAACCGCCAAUAUCGGCUCCUCACUCGCGCCAUACGCCCGCUACAGCAGCGUCAAUCCGUCGCCGCCCGGAUCACCCGGUCUUCCGAAUUCCCGCAGCACUUCGAACUACUUUGGCGGUACAAGAGGAGGUGACACAUCACGGGACGGACUUCGUGCCAACGAUGGGCUACGCGCGAGUAGCAGGGACGGCUACGGUAGCCAAAGGAACAGCUUCAUGUACGCGCACCCGUCAACGAGCUCACUGCAAGUGGGAACAGGGGGUGGAAGAGGUCGCAGUGAAUUGGACUCUAGUAAUGAGCAUCUUGGUGGACAGCGGGCACCUAGUGCGGUAUUGGACGAGCUAUUCGAGAACCAUGGACACGGACCACGGGAGAGAUUCUAG